AUGGCCGCUUUCGGCGCGUCGGCAACUCUUUGGGCCGCUCUGCCGUGCGCCUGUGCUCCCGCAUCCCGACGACCGCGCCCUCGGCAUGUGCGCGUCGGCGGAGUCGCGCCGAUCCAUUGCCUGUCCAGCGGCUCCCCGGAUGGCUGGGCGGAGGGCCUUGACGGCAGGGCGGACCGCAUCCCUUCGGCGGAAGGUGGGGAUGCCGAUUGGAGGGGCGCGGCGGAGCUUCAGCGGCGGCUGUUCGACAGCCAGGCGCGGCAGUGGGAGGCGGAGCGGGCGCGACUGGAGGCGCGGGCCGAUGCCGCGGAGGCCUCCCGGGCGGCGUGGUUCGAACGCGAAAUGGCGCGGUGGGACGACGAGCGGCGGCGGUGGGACGAGAGGGAGGCCACGCUGCGGGCGCGAGUGGGCGAACUGGAGGAUCUGGUGGUCAGGCUCACAGCGCAAGGAAGGGGGGAACGGGAGCAGGGUGCGGGGCAACCUCUCGAGGGCGAAAAACUGAGGAGCGAUGGCGCGAGCGCGGUGCAAUCGGCAGCUGCUGAGGGAUCGGAUUCCGGCGUCCCUGCCCCCGUUGGCCCAGAGAUUGCGCGGUCUAUGGACGGGGUCGGCCCUGCCCAGAAGCAGGAGACGGGGGAUGGGGAGCCGGGACCCUCAGCCAGUCCGUCGAUCGAGGCGAGCCUGGCCGCCGCCGUGGCCGCCGUCGACGAGGGCGACGUGCUCAGCGAGGACUUCCACUUGUUGCAAUCCGACUUGGAGGCGAAGAUGAGGAGUGGGACGAAUGGGGUCCUGCUCGGGGAGGAUAUGGAAGGGGGGAAAGGACAAUCAUUCGACCAGGGGCACGUUGGUGAGGACGCCGAAACGGCGGCCACGGGGGGGGAGAGGGUGCCGCUUGAGGUGGUAAAGAGCCCGCCGACAGGACCCCCGCCUUGCCUGACGAUCGGAGAUGACGACAUAUUUUGGGUCGCCCAGCUGCAGCAGGGCCUGGCCCGUGCUGGCUACUUCCCUGGCGACGACGACAUGGAGGACUACGUCUUUGGGGAAGGGACGCUGUCGGCCCUGCUGACCUACCAGGCCUGCGAGGGGCUCGAGGAGACGGGGACUGCCGACGAAGUCACGUGGAGGAAGAUGCUGGGAGAUGAGUUGAAGCCCAUCCUGGCCUCUACAGCCCCAGACAGCACGUCUACUGAAUCAGGAGUAGAGACCGUGGCAGAGGGCCCCCAGCCAACAGGAUCGCAAAGCGGCGGCUUGGGAUCCAGUGGCGAUGAGGUCGCAGCUGCAGCUCAGCAUUCGAAGCACUGGCCCACGCUUCGAGAGGAGGAUGGGGGCCGGCAUGUACACAGCCUGCAUGUCGCGCUCCAGAACCAUGGGUACGCCUGCGGGGAGGAUGACACGCGAUGGUGGCAGUACGGUGCUGCCACAGCGAACAGUGUGAGGACAUUCCAGGCAUGCAAUGGCCUUCCAGAGAGUGGCGUCUGCGAUGCCCAGACUUGGGUGGCACUGUUGGGACAGGGGGCAAGUCCUGGUGACCUGAAGGGCAUGCUGGCUGGGGACUCCACUGAUGAGGACCUGACACAAGCCAAGGGGGUGUAUCUCAUCGGGGAGCAGAGGUGGGAGCGACCAGUGCACAGGAGCUGA